GCCCUGUCCCACUGUACGAGUUUACCCAAGAGCUCUCCCGAGUUUUAAAAAAAUCAAACUCGUGGUAAGCACGUAGAAUGUACGUAGCGGGUACGUCGGAGCUCGGGGACGUCACUUAGCGGCUCGUAACGCUAACGGCAGGUACUCGGGAAACGCGGUAAGCUCGGGAAGACUGGUGAAGAUUUUUGAACAUGUUGAAAAAUGUCCACGAGAGCCCUGAGUACCCACGAGCGGCCAUUGCCGUAAAUCUCCGAGUUCGAAUCAGGGCAAACUCCGGAGAGCUCUUGAAUGAAGUCGUACAGUGGGACAGCCCCGUUAAGGGACGGAGAUUGGUUUCAGAUGUCCCUGAUAGGACAGUGUUGCCAAAGAGAAACAUCGGCCUUUCCCGGAAUCCUCCUUCCUCCAUCAGUCGGAAGCAACUUGCAGAGAACAUUCGGAGGUCAGUGCUUUAUGAAUCGAGUUGGUUUCCGGAGUGAUAAGGACAGAGGUCACUGGGUGUGAGACGGCCAGCAAUCUCGCAGGAGAAGGAGCUCAGUGUGCAGACACAUCUGAUGCAGGCACGGACACCAUGAAGACCUUCAUUCUACUCAGCGCCCUGCUCUUUGUUGCCUCUCCCUACAUCUUUGAGAAGUGCGAGCUGGCCCAGCUUCUACUCAGGCAUGGACUGGACGGCUACCGUGGCUACAGCCUGGCAAACUGGGUGUGCCUGGUGGAACACGAGAGCGGCUACAACACCAGGGUGGUCGGCCGCAACCGGCGAGGAGGCAAGACGGUGUCGUCGGACUACGGAAUCUUCCAGAUCAGCAGCGCCCGCUGGUGCCGGGACGGGCAGACCACGCGGAGGAGGAACACGGAUGAUUCAUGCGGCAGAAACUGCCAGGAUUUUAUCAAUGAAAAUAUUACCGAUGACAUUGAAUGUGUGAAGAAGGUGGUUCUGCCUCAAGGAAUGAAUGCCUGGUACAGCUGGAAGAAGAAAUGCAAACAAAGCACCCUGACCAAGUUUCUGAAGGAGUGCGAUGUGUAGGCGUGACCGUGCCUUGCUCGCGGGCGCAGCCAGCCUCCUGCAAACGUCCCACACUCAUUACUCAUUGGCUUGCACCGCUAUAAGCCCAGCGAGCGAGCGGAAGAUCAUAGAACCCUACAGUAGAGCAACAGGCCCUUCAGCCCAUCGCAUCCGUGCUAGCCGCGAUCCCCAUCACACACGUCCCAUUUGCCGCGCUUGUCCCAUAACCUUCCAUCUAAACCCCUCCUUCUCAUGCACGUGUCCAAGUGCCUUUACCAGUGGUAACAAUACCUGCUUCUAGCCCCUCGUUCCAUACACCCACCACCACCACACCUACCUGAUUUCCUUUAAAUUCCUCCCCUCGGAUGGCACGGUGGCGCAGCGGUAGAGUUGCUGCCACACAGCGCCAGAGACCCCGGGUCCAUCCCGACUACGGAGUCUGUACGGAGUUUGCACCUUCUCCCCAUGACCAGCGUGACUUUUUCUCCAAGUGCUCCUGUUUCUUCCCACACUCCAAAGACAUGAAGGUUUGUAGGUAAAUUGGCUUCGAUAAGUUGGAAAGAAAUUGUUCUUAAUAUGUAGGAUGGUGCUAGUGUACGGGGUGAUCGCUGGUCAGCAUGGACUCAGUGGGCCGAGCGGCCUGAUUCCGCGCUGUAUCUCUAAAGUGAAGUCACCUGUAUCCUCUAGUUCAGAUUCCCCUGCCCUGUGAGAACAUACUGUGUCAAUGUAUUCAGUCUAAACAUAGAAACAUAGAAAUUAGGUGCAGGAGUAGGCCAUUCAGCCCUUCGAGCCUGCACCGCCAUUCAAUAUGAUCAUGGCUGAUCAUCCAACUCAGUAGCCCGUACCUGCCUUCUCUCCAUACCCUCUGAUCCCCUUAGCCACAAGGGCCACAUCUAACUCCCUCUUAAAUAUAGCCAAUAAACUGGCCUCGACUACCCUCUGCGGCAGAGAGUUCCAGAGAUUCACCACUCUCUGUGUGAAAAAAGUUCUUCU